GGACUGCAUUGCACACAAUAUAAGUCAAAACAGGCAUCUGAGGGGUGAGGGGUUCCUGUCAGUCCGGGAGCUAGUCUCAAGAUAAGAGGAUGGCCACAAACCACCGCGAGGCGAUACAGAUGCAGAUCCAGCAGGACUGGGCCAACCGCGAGUACAUUGAGGUCAUCACCAACAGCAUCAAGAAGAUCGCGGAGUUCCUCAACUCAUUCGACCUGUCCUGCAAGUCUCGGCUAGCCGUGCUCAACGAAAAGCUCACCAAGCUGGAGCGGAAGAUCGAGUACCUCGAGGCGCGUGUGACGAAGGGAGAGACACUGAACUGAAACGUCUGAUACGUGCUGCUGGAGUGCCGCA